AUGGACCCGACCAUCGAUGCCCCCGUCUUUGCUUCGUUUGCAGCGCUGGAAAAUGCAACGCUCGCUGCCUACAUGACCACGUACAACGACGUCUCCGCGCUCGGGUACCAGUACGACGACACCAACAGCAUCUACGUUCUGCGUCGCACACUCGACAUGUCGACAACGUCAACUGCACUGCGCUGCUUUCAAGAGUUUGCCUUGGGUCUCCCCGGGCUCAUCUAUUACACCGCCGCCCAACUGAGCUUUCUCUGCGCCUUCCUCGCCAGCGACACUCGGCUGUCCUGCGCUCUGGACAUUGGCCACUCGUGCAUUUGGCUCUCGCAGAGAAAAGGGGAUCAUCCCGACGUCUACCUUCUCUCGUACGCGUACACGGCGGUCCGCUGGAACGAGUGGCUCUGGAUCAAGCUUCUCUACCGCAUUGUUAUCACGGGCCUCGUCUCCCAGCGACUCUACAGCGGCUACGUAAAGCAUGUGCGCGACCUCGAGACGAUCUUGCGCCAACAUGGCCACUGCCCCGGCUUGGACGCACACAAGUGGCGGUACGAACUCGUGCUGGGGGACCCCACUGCGAUCGUGCUCAUGGACAGUUGGGUGGCGUUUGCUCUCGUCGUCGAUACAUGGCUGAGCACCAAUACGAUUGGCGUCGCAAUUCUGCUCGCGACCCAAACAGACGACCUCUGGGUGAUGUUUCUUAGCUGGGUGUAUCUCUCCCGCACGGUACUAUUAUUUCUGUUCCUUGUUGGUCGAUGGAAAAUAUGA